GCGUCAGUGCUGGAGCCUAAUAUAUGACAGGGAAUGUACUCCAGGAGGUCCAAGCCGUGCAUUGUUCUCUCGAGAGCUUGAUCCACAGCAGCAGCAUGUCCCUGCGCUCUGGAUGGGAGGUCGCUCUGAACUUGCACUAAGGCCAAUUUAUCGUUACACCGACAGCAAAGCGCGACUGGUGAACGGUGUAACAAGGAAGAAUAGGGGCAAACUACUUGGACAGUAAACACGAGAUAAUGUCGUUCUUAAACAGACGAUUAAUGUAAGUAAAAGGGACGCAUAGGAGCGUACAGUUGGACACAUACCGACAGCCGAGAGAAGCGUGUCUGUUCCUCAACCGGGGAUGAAUGGAAGCGAGGAUAACGUAUGGAUACAGUCGAUGUGCACAGGAGCGGGCUGUUGAUGUGUGAUGGCAGGUCGGGGAUGCACGUUGUGUCGGCUGAAACAGGUUGGUUUCGCCUCGAUCAAACUUCAGCAGCAUCGGACGUGGGACCAUUAGCGCGCAUUUAGGUGCUGAAGAUGAACUGAAUCACUGUCACUUGCAGCGGUGCGCCUGGAGAUGACAGCUGGUUUAUUAUGAAAAACUGCGCUGUAGCAUUCACGGGACUUUUACUGGAUUUAGAGGGUUAUUCUAAUCGCUGCAUCUGUGUGAAGGUCACCCCCUAAUACUGAUCCGGAUAUCCUUCAGAUCGGAGUGUGUGUGUGUGUGUUGUGAGACCACAGAUGGACGCCUUGUGUAAUGGAGCCAUGAAACCUGAGGGCAGUGAUCCCAUUGUAGACCCCAGGCCCCCUCCUGCCAAGCUGGCACGACUGGAACAAAACGGAGCGGGACCCUCUGCCCAGGAGAGGAGCAGGCAGGGGAGUCCUGUGGCCAAAAACCCCUGCCUGGCCCAGAAGCCCACCGCAGUGAGACCACAGGGCAAAAGCUGGCACAGCAGAGGGAGCCUGCUGCCAGUGUUCUGCGUGGUGGAGCACAGGGAAAACCUACUGGAGGGAGAGAGGAGAGAGGAGCAUGCUGAGUUUGUGUUGGUCAAGAGAGAUCUGCUGUUUAACCAGCUGAUAGAAAUGGCCCUGCUGACACUGGGCUACUCCCACAGCUCUGCUGCACAGGCCAAAGGUCUGAUCCAGGUAGGCAGGUGGAACCCGGUACCUCUGUCCUGUGUCACAGAUGCUCCUGACGCCACAGUGGCUGAUAUGCUGCAGGAUGUUCACCAUGUAAUCACCCUUAAAAUACAGCUGCACAGCUGCCCCAAAUUGGAAGACUUGCCUGCCGAGCAGUGGAGUCACUCCACAGUGAGAAAUGCUCUGAAGGAGCUCCUCAAGGACAUGAACCAGAGCUCCCUGGCCAAGGAGUGCCCUCUGUCCCAGAGUAUGAUAUCAUCUAUUGUAAAUAGCACUUACUAUGCAAAUGUCUCAGCUGCCAAGUGUCACGAGUUUGGUCGAUGGUACAAGCACUUCAAGAAGACCAAAUGCUUCAAGGAGAUUGACUGCAUUUCCGAGCAGUCAGCACAUAUUACCCUCACCCAGCAGCCAAUCACAGGAAGCCCCGUUGAGCAGAGCUCGACCCUUCUUUUCCCUCGCGGAGGAGUAGCCAACAUAUGUGGUCGCUCACCCCUUGGCCUGCGGCCUCCCGGGCUGGUAACUCAGCCUCUCAGUUCCCAAAUGGUUAACCAGCAGCUGGUCAUGGCCCAGUUUCUCAACCAGCAGUAUGCUGUUAGCCGCAUGCUUGCUGGCCAGGGUCUCUCACCGUCCCCACAGCAGUAUCUCAACCACCCCCCUGUAGCAAGGGCUCCUGCCAAGGUCUUCUCCAAAGCCUCUGAUUCCCAAGCCCCACAGCAGGCACAGUGUGGCCCAGGGGGAGGCCCUGCAGCCGGGCCGCCAAGCCAGACAUCAGCUGGGUCGUCUGUGGGGCCGUGUGACGUGCCAAAUGACAUUUACCAGUGUGUGAGGGAGGAACUGAAGAGAGCAGGCAUCUCUCAAGCCAUCUUUGCCCGGGUGGCCUUUAACAGGACCCAGGGCCUGCUGUCAGAGAUCCUGCGGAAGGAGGAGGACCCCAAACACGCCUCCCAGUCUCUGCUGGUCAACCUGCGGGCCAUGUACAGCUUCCUGCAGUUCCCCGAGGCGGAGAGGGAGCGCAUCUACCAGGAGGAGAAAGAGAGAAGCCUGACUGGAUUCACACCGAGCUGCAGCAACACGCCACCGAGAUCCACGCAGGCGAGACUAUCCCCAGUCACAGCAGACAGAGGUUUGAGGACAGACAGUUGUGUUCUCAAUGUCAGCUCUUCUAUCUACGAGGAGAUCCAGCAUGAGAUGAAGAGAGCCAAGGUGUCUCAGGCCUUGUUUGCAAAGGUGGCCGCCUCCAAGAGUCAGGGCUGGCUGUGUGAGCUGCUGCGCUGGAAGGAGGAUCCCAGUCCAGAGAACCGGACCCUGUGGGAGAACUUGUGCAUGAUCCGCCGCUUCCUCAGCCUGUCCCAGACUGAGCGAGACGCCAUCUACGAACAGGAGAGCAGCAGCACAGCGGCUCAGCAGCAUUGCGCUGACAGGCUCACACUGCUCAGCAACGACAAUACACUGUACCAACGCAACUCCCCUCUGCCACAGCAACACCAUCUUCAACCCCACCAACCCUUGCAGCCUGAGGCAGGACCUCACCUGUCUCCACGGCAACCGUGUGCUGCAUCGCCAGCCGAGUCAGAGGUUGGGGUCAACUGGGGGCACUUGAGAGUACGUUUGCAGAGCAGGGGCAGUAGCAACGGUGAGAGAGGGGACAGUAAGGACUGGGUUGAGGGAGGGCAAGGAGAGAGGGGCAGUGCGGGAGGGGACUGGGGUUGCACUGGAAGGGUGAGGGAUAAGGGUACAGAAAGCAAUGAGCAGGCGAGGGAUGGAAAUGUGUGUGAGGAAGGCAUAAAUGAGAUCAGUGGAGACAGCAAAGAGGGCAAGGUUAAGGAGGAGCUGUCUGUGAAGUGGCCCAGUGUGAAGAAUGAGAGCCAAGAUAGGGCUGGGAUUUGUUCAAAGGCAGAUAAUCAUGAGGUUGAAGGUGGAGAUGAGGCACAAGGUGAGGGGUUGAGAGUGUCCCACGAAGCCCUGGGAAUCCUGCAGAGCUUCAUCCAGGAUGUAGGCCUCAACCCAGACGAGGAGGCGGUCCACACCCUGUCGGCUCAGCUGGGCCUCCCCAAACACAUCAUCUGCAGCUUCUUCAGCAGCCAGGACCAAGGACAGAGUCAAGAACUCGACCGGUAUCAACACCAGAGUCAGAGCCCAAAACAUGGCCUCGUCCAGUCGGACAUGUCCACAGAGGAACAGGAGGUGGAAACUGAUGGAAAGACUGAAACAAGAGAACAAAAGGAGGAGGAGAAGCAAACAGAAAGAGAUGAAGCCAACGAGAUCAUUGUUUUGAAAGAAUCGGAUGCUGGCACUCAAACCAUGCCCCCUAUGAAAGAGGAGCGGGAGAGCUACAUCUAACCCAAACACAUCCAGCGACAAAGCUUAGAUCAGCCAUAUCUCCCCUGUGAGCCAUGAGGUGCUUACACCACACUAUUGGUCCACUUGCAGCUCAGCCACUGUUACGUACUGUACAAGUACUGACUCAGACUGUUUUGGUCUUGGAGUAUUAUAUAGGCAUUUGUCCUAUAUGAUAGGCCGAGGAAAGGCUUAAAGUUGACUAAUUGUAUCCGUUUAUACCACAGCUUUCAUAACCAGAGACCUACAUGUGAUUUGAGGAUCCCUAAUGCACUGUGACAAUAUAUGUACAGAUAAUGUUAGUACACAGGUUCUUUGUGUAGAUACAUAUGUCUGGAUUAAUAGGAACCAAUACAAGGAGCCUCAGUUUACAUAUCACUGUUUAAAAAGAAUAAUUGUAGUUGGUUGACUGAUGUAAAUUUAUAGUGCGUUUAUGCCAGAAAUGCCUUGUAGGAAGUGGCACUGCCAGUUUGCUUUUCUAUGAUCAGUAUCUCCAUUUCCUGUUUGUUUUCUACUUAUUUUUUAAAGAGUGUUUUUUGUUUUUGUUUUUGUUUUAAAGCAGAAUUUGUCAGUCUUUUAAACAUUUUUUUUCCCACACUGUUAUUAUUCCUUGUUCUUGUCCGUGUUUGUAAUUCUCAUUAAAAAUCAGGUUUCUGGUUUCUGAUUUAGAUUAAUGUUUAUUAGGAAGAAAAAACAUAACAUAAUACAGGGCAUCUUGUGCAAUUUUACUCCAGUGUUUAACAAUUCAGUGAAUAAAACAACGGGUUAGCAUAGUGACAUCUAAAAUGUCCUUGCAAAUUCCUGUUCCUAUUUCUCAAAUUUAUUCACAGUAUUAAGUUUUGUUCUGGUCAUCAAAGAAUAAAUUUGCUUCAUAGUUUACAUACAGAAUUUCUAUUGAUGCAUGAAUUUGUAAAUCUCUCAAAAUAUAGCUAUAAGUGUUACAGUUACACAUCUUGUGCUUUUUGUAUUUUACUGAUUUAUCAUCAUGCAAAGGCAGACAAUAGAAAGGAAGAAAGAUUAAGUUUGCUUUUAUACUUAAUUGUUCUCAUUCUACGGUUGACACACUGUGCUGUAUAUGGAACUGAGUGCACAAACAUUAUGGACUAGAAUUAUAAGACUUGGGCCAUAAAAAGAUUUAAACAAGAUGUCAGCACUUUUAUUGGCAAAAAUUAAGACUUUAACUCUGUCAUAAUUGUAUGUUUGUGUUAUUUCUAUCUGAUCUUCCAGUAGAAAAUCAUUUUUUCCACCAACAAUCUGAGUGAGAAUAAUAAAGAUUUAUGUGCUUUGA